AUGGAGGAUAACCACACUUUCCUGUACUUUGCAUAUGGCAGUAACCUGCUAAAGGAACGUCUUCAGCUCAAGAAUCCCUCUGCAACAGUGCACUGUGUAGCCAGGCUCAAGGACUAUAAACUGGUUUUUGGGAACCACAAAGGCCUUGCUAGUGACCGAUGGCAUGGAGGUGUUGCCACCAUAGAGCACAGCCCUGGAGACGAGGUGUGGGGUGUAGUGUGGAGGAUGAACGUGUCUGAUCUAGAGUCUCUUGACAGUCAGGAGAACGUGACAUUAGGAGCGUACAGUCCUGUGGAGUUAUCGGUGAAGACAAAAGGCCAGGACCUCAACUGUCGCACCUACAUAAUGAACAGCUGUGUGUAUGCUCCACCAUCACCACAGUACCUAAAGGUGAUUGUAAUGGGAGCAGAACAGAACGGCUUGCCAAAAGACUACCAGGAGAAACUUCGAGCAAUCAAGACCAACAUGUAUGAGGGUCCCCUACCCAUGAUGGCUGAACUGGAGCAAGCCAGACGAAGAGCCAAAGAAACGUUCAGUCAUCGUUCUAAUGAUGCCUGA